GUGACCACACAGAACGUGAACACCGCCAGUGUCUGAACCCGUACAAGUCAGUGAAUCAAAUGGAAAGCAUUAUUCCUGAACAACAGAACGACGAUUCGGUUGACUAUUUGUUUAAGAUUGUAUUGAUCGGCGACGCUGGCGUGGGCAAGACAUGCGUCGUUCAGCGCUUCAAGUCGGACACUUUCGUUGAGAGACACGGAAGCACAAUUGGAGUCGAUUUUACAAUGAAGACGCUCAAAAUCGAGGGAAAACGAAUUAAGUUACAGGUAUGGGACACAGCAGGUCAGGAACGUUUUCGUACAAUCACUCAAAGCUACUAUCGAAGUGCUCACGGAGUGAUCAUAGCAUACGACAUUACAAAACUCGAAACAUUCACACACGUGCAGCAGUGGCUCCAAGACGUAAUAAAGUACGCGGGUAGCAACCUCCUCUGUUUACUCAUCGGCAACAAGAAAGACCUAGCCGCAGAGAAUCGGCAAGUAGCACUCGACGAAGCACAAAAACUGGCAUCACACCACAAUAUGCUCGAUGUGUUAGAGACAUCAGCAAAGGAUGCGACAAAUGUGCAUGAGGCGUUUACGAAGUUGGCGAUUACACUGAAGAGAAAGUACGAAGGCUCGGCAAGUUUACUUGAGAAGAAUGACACUGUGGAUAUCGGAGACACACAGGAUGCCGAAGCAACGUGGUGUACUAAUUGCUAGAUUGCGAUUGAAAUGCACAUGGUUGUUUGGUAUUAUUGUAUUCUUGUGUAUGAUGACGUCAUGCGCGCUGUAGUUGGCAUUAGCUGUACAUGUACCAACAUUGACACUGACGAUUACAUUCUUACAGGCUUGGUGUUUAAUUUGUGGUGAAGAGUAUUG